GGAUUAAUCCAAUGAAGUAGUUGGUUGUGUUUGUUGUUGUCUGUCUGUCUGUCUGUCUGUUCUGGGGUCGGGCUGGGGUUCAAAUAGCCUCGUUUCCCCCCUGUAAGGGCGUUUGUAUUUCGUCUUCAUCUCUUCUGAGUAUUUAUUCUGGUCUGCUGCUGCUUCUGCUACUUCUUCUUUUGGAGCUUUGUCGUAUAAACCUAGACCCUAGAUUCUUACAUAUAGACAUAAUCGUCGCAUAUUCAUAUAUCCCUAAGCCAUGGGUUCCACUCUGCCUCAGACCAUGAAAGCUCUUCGCUACGAGAAGCCGGAGGUGCACAGCAUCGUCGACGUGCCUCUGCCUGAGCUGCGUGACGGUGACAUCCUAAUCAAGGUCAAAGCUUGCGGCGUCUGCGGCACAGACCUGCACAUCCACGAGGGCGAAUUCAUCGCCAAGUUCCCCCUGAUCCCCGGCCACGAAACCGUGGGCGUCAUCGCCGCCCUGGGCCCCAAAGUCAAGAACUUCCAGGUCGGCGACCGGGUCGUAGCCGACAACUCCGAGCUGUGCGGCGAAUGCUUCUACUGCCGUCGCGGCGACGAGCUAUUCUGCGAACACUUCGAAGCCCACGGCGUGACCAUGAACGGCGGUUUCGCCGAGUACUGCGCAUACCCUGCGGGCCGAGUCUUCAAGAUCAACCACCUCUCCGACGUCGACGCCACGCUCCUAGAGCCGGCGUCGUGCGCCGCGCACGGGCUGGACAAGAUCGCACCGAAGAUGGGCUCGUCCGUGCUGCUGUUCGGGGCCGGGCCGACGGGUUUGAUCCUCGCGCAGCUGCUGCGGCAGUGCGGUGGGUGUCGCGUUGUGGUUGUUGCGCCGGAGGGCCUGAAGAUGGAUCUGGCGAAGCAGCUGGGCGCCGGGGAUGAGUAUAUUGCGUUGUCGAGGCAGGAUCCCUCUGCGCAGUUUUUCCGGUUGAGGGAGGAGAAUCCGUACGGGUUUGAUAUUGUAGUUGAGGCGACCGGGAGUGUUAAGAUUCUAGAGGAUUCGAUCCAUUAUGUGCGCAGGGGGGGCAAGUUGGUUGUUUAUGGCGUUUAUGCUAAUAAGGAUCGCGUGUCUUGGCCUCCGAGCAAGAUUUUCGGCGACGAAAUCACCAUCGUGGGCAGCUUCUCAGAGGUAUACAAGUUCCCCGCAGCCAUCGACUACCUCGACUCCGGCAAGGUGCAGGUCAAUGGCAUCGUGAACAAGACGUUCCGCAUCGAUCAGUGGGAGGAGUGUCUGGAGGCGAUGCGGAAUAAGUCGGCCAUCAAGGCGGCGAUUGUUUUUGACUAGAGCUAGACAGACAUGGCUGGUGACAGAACUAGAACGAGCACUCUCACACCUGUGACCCGUCUAUCCAGGUGUCUGGACACCUUUUUGGUCGGGUGGUUUUUGUUUCCAAUGGCUGGACUGUGCGUGUCUCAUGAGUUAUGAAUGGAU